AUGAAUGCCUGGAACCACACUAAUGAGUCUAACUUUAUACUUAUGGGAUUGACAGAUUCCAAGGAGAUCCAGCUAGUCCUCUCUGUCCUCUUUCUCUUUAUAUACAUGGCCACUGUGCUGGGGAACACAGGCAUGAUGCUAAUCAUCCGUCUAGAUGUCCAGCUUCACACUCCGAUGUAUUUCUUCCUCACUCACUUGUCAUUUCUUGACCUCAGUUACUCAACUGUCAUCACACCUAAAACCUUAGAGAAUCUCCUGACUUCAAGAAAGAACAUUUCUUUCAUGGGCUGCUUCAGUCAAUUAUAUCUUUUUGGCGUCUUGGCAGGUACUGAAUGCUUUAUACUCUCUUCAAUGGCCUAUGACCGCUAUGUAGCCAUCUGCAAUCCCCUACACUAUCCAGUUAUUAUGUCCACAAGGCGCUGCUAUGCUCUUAUCUCUGAAUCCUACAUGAUUGGAGCUAUGGAUUCCUCUGGCACUGUCAUUCGCAUAAUCACCUUGAAUUUCUGCAAAUCCAAGGUAAUCCAUCAUUUCUUCUGUGAUGUAUUCCCAAUUUUAGCCCUGUCCUGCAGUGAUACCCAUGAUGCCGAAGUCACCAUAUUCGUUCUAGCUGGUUUUACUGUAGUGCUGUCCCUUAUCCCUCUAUCCUCAUCCUAUGUGUCCAUUCUCUCUACAAUUUUGAAG